CUUUAAAUCGCCACUGCCCACAAGAAGGUUUGCCCAAAUCAUUAUAAGUGGGUAAGUUAUAUAUAAUUUCAUCUCAGGUUUGGUAAUUUGGAGCAUUGCAAAAUAUAUCUCGCACUAAAACUUCAUCUAUUUCGACGCACACCAUUCCAGAGCAGAGCAGAACUUGAAUUAGAGAGAGAGAGAGAAUGGGUUGGCCAAGUGAGGUGGUAAACUUGGUUUUGCCACUGUUUCUCCUUUUAGAACUGGGAACCCACUGUGUAGCAGUGGACAGAAGUUCAUUCCCACCUGGAUUUGAGUUUGGUUUCAGCACCUCCGCCUAUCAGGUUGAGGGAGCAGCUCAUGAAGAUGGGAGAGGACUUAGUAUUUGGGAUACUUUCAGUUGUAUUCCUGGUAAUAUCUUAGGCGGAGGAAAUGGAGAUGUGGCAGCUGAUGUGUAUCAUCGGUACAAGGAAGAUGUUCAAGUUCUUAAGAGCUUGGGGACCGAUGUGUAUAGGUUCUCAAUAUCUUGGGCAAGGAUAUUUCCAGGAGGAUCAGCAAGACAUGGUAAAGUGAACCCAAAAGGAGUGCAAUACUACAACAAUCUUAUAAAUGAGUUAUUACAGAAUGGUAUUGAGCCUUUUGUGACCAUUUUUCACUGGGACGUGCCACAAGUUCUUGAGAAUGAAUAUGGGGGAUUCAGAAGCAAGAGAAUUAUAGAUGACUACAGUGAGUUUGCAGAGUUUUGUUUCAAGGAAUUCGGUGACAGGGUGCGGAAAUGGGUGACUGUAAAUGAACCAUCAAUCUUUGCUACACAUGGUUAUGGAAAUGGAAAAAAUGCGCCAGGGAGAUGUACAACUAAUGGCGGAAAUUGUGCAGCAGGAGACUCCUCAAGGGAGCCUUACAUUGUUGCUCACAAUCUUCUCCUUGCACACAUGCGUGCAGUCAAAAUCUACAGAUCCAAGUAUCAGCAAAAGCAAAAAGGGGUGAUUGGCAUCUCCUUAUACGCAGACUGGUAUCUUCCUUAUUCAUCUUCAAAACUAGAUGUCGAUGCAACUCAGCGAGUUUUGGACAACAAAUUAGGCCUAUACUUGGAUCCACUUGUGUUUGGGGACUACCCAUACUCGGUGAAGCAGUUGAUCAGAGAUCGGCUUCCAGUAUUUAGUGAGGAAGAAUCAAAAGAAAUCAGGGGUUCUUUUGACUUCAUUGGAUUGAACUACUAUAUGUCAUCGUAUGUGAUGGAUAAUUCAACUUCUUCUGAUCCUACACGGAAAAGUGACAUUGCUUCAAAUCCAGGGCAAGAUGCGCCUGAGAACCCAGAUAUUCCAGACACCUUUGCUACCACCACAAGCCAGAAGGAUGGUAUUGCACUUGGACCCAGUGAAGGAGGCGUGGAGUACUGGAUAUCUUAUCCUCGUGGGAUAAAGUUACUUUUAGAUAAUGUCAAGACUAAAUACGGCACUCCUCCUGUUUACAUUACAGAGAUAGGUUACGUGACUCUGGACAAUGGACAACCACUCCAAGAUAUUCUUGAAGACACAGAGAGGAUUCAAUACAUCAAGAAUUGUCUUUGUUAUACGCUUCAAGCCAUGAGGGAAGGAGCAGACGUACGUGGAUUGCUGUUGUGGUCAUACAUUGAUAACUUCGAGUGGAAUAAUGGUUACUCCUUCCGCCUUGGCCUUCACUACGUCAACUACACCAACAAUGAUCUACGACGCAUCCCAAAAGCAUCUGCUAUUUGGUUUCAACAGGCAAUGAAUCCAAGGUCGUUCAAGAUCAGGAGCUCUUUCUAGUUAUUGUUUCUAUAUUUGUUUAAAAUGUUCUCAUCAUCAUCAUCAGCAGAAUUAAUAUUAAUACAGGGGACCAUCCAUCAUAUUCUUUAA